CUCUCACUCCGGUCCACGUGAGAGAGAGAGAAAGAGAGAGAGAACGAGGCAGAGUAGCAGACGAUGGCCCAGGGCAAGGAGAUAGAGACUGGACCACAGAAAGAGAAGGAGAAGGAGAAAGAGAAGAGAAAGUUAAUGGCUGGAAAUCUCGUCGAGGGUAUGACAAACGGACAAACGGACAGGAAGGCAGAGAGAGAGACAGCGAAGAUCAAGGAUGGAGGAGGAGGAGGAGGAGAAGAGGAGGAGGAGGAGGAGAAGAAGAAGAAGGAGGAGGAGGAGAGCCUAGGCCUACAAGAAUAUGGCUUUACUGUCAAAAUUAAGCCUCCCACUGGCGACAUAUUUGAAAUUCAGGUGAGCAGUAUGGAGCUGGUUUACGAGAUACACCAGCUGCUAAUGGAUCGAGAGGACACAUGCCAUCGGACCUGCUUCUCUCUGCACUUGGAUGGAAACACUUUGGACAAUUUUGCCGAGUUGAAGACCAUUGAAGGGUUGAAGGAGGGGUCAGUGAUAAGGGUACAAGAGGAACCUUACACUGUCCGAGAGGCGAGAAUCCACGUUCGUCAUGUUCGAGACCUCCUUAAGUCCCUGGACCCACACGACGCCUACAAUGGGACGGACUGCGCCUCCCUGUCCUUCCUGCACACUGUGACGCAGGGGGAUAUCCUGGGCGAGUCCUACAAGAAGAAGAAUGCCGUUGAGAGUGUCGAUUGUACCCCCCCUAAAUACAUUUUGCCCCACACCAAGGACCGGCCCCUCCUCCCUCUCCACCCCUUCGCCAAGGACCACAAGGCGCCACAGUGCCUCAAGGUGUUGACCAUCAGUGGCUGGAACCCCCCCCCAGGCCCCAGGAAACUCCAUGGUGACCUUCUGUAUCUGUCUGUGGUGACCUUGGAGGGGAGGCACCAUCACAUCACAGCCUCCACAUGGGGAUUCUUCUUGAACCAGACUACCGAGGGGGACUUCAACCCCCGGCCAGCGUCCCCCUGCUACCUCUCCCACUCUCUCAUAGAUCUCCUCAACACACUUUCUCCGGGGUUUAAACGGAACUUUGCCGCGCUCCAGAAGAAGAGGGCAAUGCGUCACCCCUUUGAGAGAGUUGCCACCCCUUACCAGGUGUACACGUGGGCAGCCCCGGACCAUGGGAUCGACGCGCUGAGGGCAGAGGACGCAUACAGCAGCAAACUAGGCUAUGAGGAACACAUCCCUGGGCAGACGAGGGACUGGAAUGAGGAACUUCAGACCACGAGGGAGCUGCCCAGACGCACCCUGGCCGAGAGACUGGUCAGGGAGAGGGCCAUGUUUAAGGUCCACUCGGACUUUGUGGCAGCGGCAACCCGCGGGGCCAUGGCAGUGAUCGAUGGCAACGUUAUGGCGAUCAACCCUGGUGAAGACCCCAAGAUGCAAAUGUACAUCUGGAACAACAUUUUCUUCUCUCUGGGGUUCGACGUUCGCGACCACUAUAAAGAGGUUGGCGGUGAUGCUGCUGCCCAUGUUGCCCCUCGGAACGACCUACAAGGGGUGCGUGUGUAUGGGGUGGUGGACCAGGAGGGGCUGUACACCCUAGGGACCACAGUUAUUGAUUACCGAGGGUUUAGAGUCACUGCGCAGUCGAUUAUUCCGGGAAUUUUAGAACGUGAACAAGAACAGUCAGUUGUGUAUGGAUCAAUUGACUUUGGGAAGACUGUGGUGACUCAUGAUAAAUACCUGGAGCUUCUGAAGGCGGCCGGGCAGACCCUGAAGGUGCUGCCUCAUUCAGUCCUCAACGAAAAGGGCGAGGAGGUCGAAUUAUGCUCCUCCGUUGAGUGCAAAGGAAUUAUCGGGAAUGACGGACGGCAUUACAUCCUCGACUUGCUCCGAACUUUCCCUCCUGACGUGAAUUUCCUGCCAGGGGUGGAGGGGGCGGUGGUAGGGGAGGUUGCCAGGGGCCUUGGCUUUCCCAUGGCGCACUGUCACAAGCUGGCGACCCUGCGGCAAGAGCUGGUGGACGCAUUUGUCGACAGUCGAUACAUGAAUUUCUUGAAGAUGGCAGCCUUGCAUUUACAGAGACUCAGGGCUCAGAAGGAGGAGGAGGAGGGGAAGAAGAAGGAAGAGGAGGGGAAGAAGAAGGAAGAGAAGAAGGAUAAGGAAGAGAAGAAGGAUAAGGAAGAGAAGAAAGAUAAGGAAGAGAAGGAUAAGGAAGAGAAGAAGGAGGAAAAGGAGGAGGAGGAGAAGCAGGAUAAGGAAAAGGAAGAUGAAGUGGAGGAGGUGGAGAGAAAAGAGGAGGAGGAGGAGAAGGGAGAUAAAGUGGAGGAGUUUGAGGCAGAGGAGGCUAAACGGAUGGUGGAGACUGCCCGGGAGAGCCUGGGGGGCGAGGGAGGAGGUGGCGGGGGGGCUGGGGAGGAGAACACGCGCAAUGUUAUCCGUUCUGCGGCGGCGGCGGUCGGCUCGCUCAAGGAUGCCGACUUUGACAUCCGCUUCAAUUUGGACGCCUUCUCCCCCGGCGUGCGGCACCCGGACGGGGGGGCGGGGGGGCGACUGGCCAGGGAGCGCCGUCUGGUGUGUGACGCAGCAACCUUUUUAGUGGAACAGCAAAUCCCGGCACUGCUUGGGGACCUGUCAGACCACAGCGCGGCACCUCUGGACGGUGCCGCGCUGUGCCAAGCCAUGCACAGCCGCGGGAUCAAUAUUCGGUACCUAGGGGUGGUGGCGCGGCGGGUGAGGGAGGCUGGGGAGGGGCUGGGGCACUUGGUGAGUGUGUGCGUUGGUGAGGUGCUGGGGCGCUGUGUCCGGCGAGUGCUGCGUGCUGCUCUUCAAGCUGUGGAGCCUAUGAGUCUUGCCGCAGCCACAGCACACUUCCUCAACUGCUACCUCUCGUCGUACCCCACCCCCCAUCCGGCCCACCCCGCCGAGGAGCUGCUUUCCAAGCGGCGACGAAGGCGGCCUCCCUUCAGCGGCAGCAGCAGCAGCAGCGGCAGCAGUCAGUGGUGGGCGCUGACUCCUCGCUCGCUGUGGGCGUCGCUGCGAGGUGAAGCACAGCAGUACUAUGGGUUUGAGCUGUGUGGGGAGGGCGAGGGGGUGGAUGCUGUGGUGGGGCGGUAUGGCCUGCAGAAGGUGACACUGCUGCGAUGGCUGUGUCAGCGCUGUGGGGUGCAGAUGAUGCUGCGAGAGUACAGCCUGGACGGGCGGGGGGGAGAGGCGUUCAGCGAGGGGGACAUUGUGAGCCUGCAGCCCGUGGUGAAGCACUGCCACCCGAGGGCCACGGAUGCCCUGGCACUGUACGCCGCAGGGCAGGCCAAGACACAGCAGGGCUUCCUGAAGGAUGGGUAUGGGCUGAUCAGCGAGGCACUGGCACUCCUCAACAGUGUGUACGGCGCCGUCCAUCCGGAGACGGCACAGUGCCUCAGGACGCUGGCACGCUUGAAUUACAUCAUGGGGGACCACCUGGAGGCACUGGCACUACAGCAGAAGGCCGUGCUGAUGAGUGAGCGGGUGAAUGGCAUCGAUCACCCGCAGACUGUGGCAGAGUAUGUCCACCUGGCACUCUACUGUUUCGCCGCCCAGCAGGUGAGCACGGCACUGCGUCUCCUGUACCGUGCCCGCUACCUCCUGCUGCUCCUGAACGCAGAGUGCCACCCAGAAAUGGCACUGGUGGACAGCAAUAUAGGGUUAAUAUUGCAUGCUGUGGGCCAGUAUAGCCUCUCACUACAGUUCUUGGAGGCCGCUCUGGCACUCACCCUGCGCUUCCACGGCACCCGAAGCUUGAAGGCCGCAGUGACGCACCAUCUAGUGGCACGAACACAGAGCUGCCUGGGGGACUUCCGAGCGGCAUUGACCCACGAAAAAGAGACAUUCGCAACUUACAAAUCUCUUCUUGGACCUCAGCAUGAAAACCGCGAGGCAGACCAAUGUUUACGACACCUCACCACCCAGGCAGUCACCAUGGCCAAGAAAAUCAGUGAGGCAUGUGGCGGUGGUGGUGGCGGGCGUGCAGCGGCGGCGGCGGCUGCGUCUCUAGGCCUACCAGCGGUCCAGAUCCAGCCACCAUCGUUAAACAGUGUUCUCGAUCUUCUAAACGUGAUAAAUGGCAUUAUGUACGUUCAAAUUACCGCAGAGGAGAUCGAUAGACUCAGACAGGAGAUUGAGAAGGGCCAGCAACACCAGCAGCACCACAGCAACACCGCAAACACCACCAAUGACUCACAGGAACUCCCACAGGAACUCCCUACCACGUUGAUUGCCGAGGAAGGAGCAAAGAGUGAGGAGGAAGGGACAGCUAGUCGGUGAGCUACACCACGCACCACAGCGCACCACCACUCACCACCACCACCACCACACCCACUGCUAGCUAUGUUGUUGUUUUGGGUGAGUUUUGCACAAAAAAUCAAAAUAUUCGAGAUUUUUUUAAGGUUUUUAAGAAGUUUUGGUGUUUUUGGGGCUAUUUUUGGGGAUAGAAGUGAAAGAAAUGAAGAAAAAUUAAUGGAAAACGUUGGAAAAUAUGAGUAAUUUGUCUCCAGGGUUGAAAUGAAGUGAAUUGAAGUGACAUGACCUCUGAUGCUUAAGAAAUUGACAUGAUUUUUUUAUUUUUUGGGGUAGAAAUUAAAGAAAUGAAGAAAAAUUAAUGGAAAACGUUGGAAAAUAUGAAUAAAUUGUCUCCAGGGUUGAAAUGAAGUGGAUUGAAGUGACAUGACUUCUGAUGCUUAAGAAAUUGACAUGAUUUUUUAAUUUUUUUGGGGUAGAAAUGAAAGAAAUGAAGAAAAAUUAAUAGAAAAUGUUGGAAAAUAUGAAUAAAUUGUCUCCAGGGUUGAAAUGAAGUGAAUUGAAGUGACAUGACCUCUGAUGCUUAAGAAAUUGACAUGUUUUUUUUAUUUUUGGGGAUAGAAGUGAAAGAAAUUAAGAAAAAUUAAUGGAAAACGUUGGAAAAUAUGAGUAAUUUGUCUCCAGGGUUGAAAUGAAGUGAAUUGAAGUGACAUGACCUCUGAUGUUUAAGAAAUUGACAUGAUUUUUUAUUUUUUUUUUUUUGUAUUGAAAAUGAAAAAAAAAUAAGGAAAAAAUUGCUACAAAAUAUAAAUGA